AUGGACACUCUCUCCCCCAACACCUCCGCGCUUCUCUCUUACCUCUCCGCAGACGACAUGACCUCCUUCUCAUUCGACGACCUCCUCGCCGAUCCCACUCCCAAAAUUUCCCAGGGUUACACAAAUCCCAACCCGACCUCCCUCCCACCUUCGGCCUUUUUCAAUAUGCCCGUCCCCGGUCGGGACACGCCAGAACUCACGCCCGAGUCGUCCUCCAAUGCGGCGAGCGAGAGUCCGGAAGGGCUACGUGCGGUGAUGCAUACCGAUUCAGAGGAGGAUGCGGUGAUGGCCCGUAGAGCGAGCGCUGGUGCGGGUGCCGGUGGGAGGAAAGGAUCGGAGGCUGCGGUGGUGAAUAAGCGAAAGGCAGGACAUGGGCAUACAGUCCAGGAGCACGACGAUGAGGAUGAGGACUCAGGAUCAGAUGACCCAAACGGCCACGAAGACAAACGUGCGCACGGAAAUGACAAGGCCGCCGGCGGUGCAGCAGGAUCAGGUCGUCGAGGGGGUCGAAAGUCAACUGGUGGAGCCGCUGGAGAUGCGGGUUCAAAGGAGAUGAGCAAGGCGGAGAAGCGAAAGGUGCAGAAUCGUCAAGCCCAAGAGGCCUUCCGCAAGCGAAGAGAAGCCAAGGUCAAAGAUCUCGAAGACAAGGUCAAUGAGCUCGAGACCAAAUCAUACUCUACUACAGUCGAGAACGAGAACCUCCGGGGUCUCCUCAAGCGGCUCCAGGAGGAGAAUGUCGCGCUCAAGCAGGCGGCCUUCACGUUCACCAUGCCGGUCAGCGGUGCAGCCACGCCCACCACGCACGGCCGGACAAGCGUACCUGCGCCCAACACACAGGCGUCCAAGCCACCCACUCCUCCCCAUGACGAGCUUCGGUCGAUCCACGAUGUGCCGGACCUCGUACACCGCUCAUCCAGCGGGAGCGGGAGCGGGAUGGUCGAGUCGCCCGAAAGCCUCGUUUCGGUCAAUUCGAGCGCAUCGGGUUCAUCCAAGCUGUCAUUAGACAACGCGGAGAUGUUCAACGCGUUCGCAAUGGGCGUUCGGCCGGAAUGGUCCCGGGACCUCGCGGCGAACCAGCAGAUCACUGCUGCUGCACUGGGUGGGCGGGAGGUGCCACAGCCUCGCGUCAGCCCGGGUAUCGCGGACCCCUUUGCCAAUUUUACUGGCCCUACCCCCUCCGUCUCCCCCGUGAGCUCGGCCAGCAAUGCCAAGGACGAAGUAGACGCCCUCUGGGCAAGCUUCUACCCUAAUGGCACGUCCAACAUCCUUCCCAAACCUCAACAGGACCUACCCGUCCCAAAUUAUGCCUUUGGUCGACCGACCGCGGCGCCAAGCUUCGGCCAGUCUGGGGAUCAGUUCGCCGGUCCCCAGACCGUGCCCAGUCCCUUCGGCGGUUCAACGUGGGUCAACGCCCCCGCCGAUCGUAUGGCCUUCCGGGACCAGUCUGCCCCUGCCUCCGCCGGCCAACCGGGCCAGGCGCAGCCGCAACAAGACUGGUCCAACAUCAAUGACGACAGUAUCAACGAGUUCCUCGCUUCCCUCAAUGGUACCAGCGAGGCGCCCCAGGAACCCCUGUAUGACUUUGAGCAGACGGACGACUUUAACGCUCAGCUCCAGAAACUGCUCGAGCAGUCUGGAGGGGGUGCGUCCCCGUCCGCCGCGUUCACCCUAUCGCCCACUGGGUUCAGCCCGACGGCUUACCUCAACCUCACGCCCUCGCCGGCUGCGUCGGGCUCGGCGUCGGCAUCUGGGUCGGGGUCGAACGCGCACUCGCCCGCGGCGGCUCGGCAGGCGUCUACGUCCAGUAUGUCCAUGUCCAACUCGGCCAGUCCCGAGUCCACUGGAUCGACCGCGGCGUCGUCGUACACCCAUCAUUCGCCUGGACAGGCGGCGGGUGCGGCGUCAGGCUCCUUGCCGGGGUGCACGACAAAGAUGGCGGGCGCGAACCCGGGAGAGGUGGUACAUGUCGUCGGGGCGGAUGGGAAGCGACUCAAGCCGAGCGAGCUUUGGGUCUUGAUGGGCAUGAACAAAACUGCAAGCGUAGACAAUCUCAUGAUCGAUGACCUGUGUGAUCAGAUGAAGAGCAAGGCGGUAUGCACUGACGGCGGGUAUACAAUCGGCCUGACGGACGCGGAGCAGAUCUUCGCGUAUAACAAGCGACUAGGGUCAGCUCGGACAGCCGCAGGCGGUGCGCCGGUAUAUCCGAUAUAG